AUGGGCAAAGCCUCGAAAUGGUUCAGAAGCCUGCUGGGCCUCAAGAAGCCCGACCCGAAACCAGACCCUGACCCGAAACCACAGUCCAAGAGGAUAUGGAGCUUCGCCAAGCCCCACAGGGGAAAGGCCCCCCACAGAUCCCAACACACCACCGUCGCUCCGACCGUCUUCGACGACGAAGGUGCCAGCAGACACGCCGCCGCCGUUGCAGCCGCCACCGCCGCCGUCGCGGAGGCCGCCGUGGCUGCUGCUCAGGCGGCCGCCGCGGUUGUGAAGCUGACGGGCGGGGCCGGCGGAGGCGCUUCCUGCUCCGCCGCGCACGUCAGUCAAGCGGGCGCAGGCAACGGGCUCCGGGAUGAGUGGGCGGCCGUUAAGAUUCAAUCCCAUUUUCGUGCUUAUCUGGCAAGGAGGGCAUUAAGGGCACUAAAAGCAUUGGUGAAGCUUCAAGCACUGGCAAAAGGUUACCUUUGGAGGAAGCAAUUUGCUGAGUAUUUACAACAGAUGCAGGCAAUUGCACGCGCCCAAGAAAGGGCCCGAGCUGGUCGAGCUUUGAAUUCCGAAACUUCUCAGUCGAGCACCAAAUCUUCCAGCUUCAACAACUAUAAUAGCCCGGUAACUCCUGAGAAACACCAGCCUCUAACGACAAUCAAGAGAAGUGUUACAAGAAAAUCAGACGGCUCGACCGGGAGCAAUAAUAACCGCACGAGCCUAAAAUCCAAUGAGAGACAACAAGGAUCAUCGUCCUUCACUCGAAUAGUCCCGAUGGACGAAUAUAAAACUGACAAGAUACUCGAGGUCGACACGGUCAAAGUCAAACCACACGUCCCCACGACACCCCCCAAAUAUUAUUACUCGGGCCACCUUCACUCGCCCAACGAGGCCCAAUCUUUCAGCAGCCCGUUCAAAUAUUCGCACGACCAAUUGGACGAGACCAACAGCCCGCUUAACUACUCGGUUUCAUCAGUGGGCGGAAGCUCUAAACGGGUCCAAAUCACGCCCACCAAGAGUGACGGGUCGAAAAGCUACUCGAGCGGGUAUUUGGAUCACCCGAAUUACAUGGCGUAUACUGAGUCUUCAAAGGCUAAGGUAAGGUCCAUGAGUGCUCCGAAACAGAGGCCUGCAGAGUAUGAAAGAUCAAGUUCGGCCAGUAGAAACUCAGAAUUCGGUAAUAAUAGCAUUAAUUACAACUAUAAUUACAAUGAGUCGAAGGUUAGUGGCGUUCAGAGAGCAUCAGCAUUGCAUACAAACUUCACGAGCAAGGCUUAUCCAGGCUCGGGCCGGCUGGACAGGCUCGGGAUGCCCGUGAGAGAUGUUUCGAGCUUCAGUGGUAGCCAUUGGCAUAGAUACUAG